UUGUUUUGGUGGUUCUCCUAGUUCCGGGCUCGUGUCGCUGACCCGCGGGCCGUUCGCGGUGCAUGGCCGCUAUAGCUGUGCCGACAGCCUGGCUUCGUAACAUUUUCCGUCGCGGGGCACUGUCCCUUAGAUCCAUCUCCACGGUCGACAUGAACUCCACGGGCUCAGCGGUGUGCUGCUCACCUCUGGAGCGCCUUCCUUUUGAUAACUUGGCGCUGAGGAGGCUUCCGCUGGACCCCUCCGAGGAGCCAGGCGUAAGGGAAGUGCGGGGCGCCUGCUUCUCCCGCGUUCAGACACAGCCGCUGCUCAGCCCCAGGUUCGUCGCAGUGUCCAAGCCCGGCCUGGCUCUGCUUGGGCUUAGCGCCCAGGACGUGCUGAGCGACCCGCUCGCCCCGGAAUAUCUCAGUGGCUCCAAGAUCAUGCCAGGCUCCGAACCGGCCGCUCAUUGCUACUGCGGCCACCAGUUCGGCUCAUUCGCUGGACAGCUAGGUGACGGAGCUGCUUGCUACCUGGGCGAGGUGAAAACCCCCGCGGAUCAAAGCGAUGAUCUGCUGCGCGAAAACCCCUCUGGCCGCUGGGAGAUUCAGGUGAAGGGUGCUGGACCCACACCAUAUUCAAGACAAGCGGACGGCCGCAAAGUGCUGCGCUCCAGCAUCCGGGAGUUCCUGUGCAGCGAGGCAAUGUUCGCCCUGGGCAUUCCCACCACCCGUGCGGGCUCACUGGUCACCUCUGACCUUCAUGUACUGCGUGACGUCUUCUACGAUGGGCGAGCCCGCCGGGAAAGGUGCUCCGUUGUCCUGCGUAUCGCCCCCACUUUCAUCCGAUUUGGGUCUUUCGAGAUCUUCAAGCCGACAGACGAGUUCACCGGUCGCCAGGGCCCCAGCGUUGGCCGGGAUGACAUUCGGGCCCAGCUCCUCGAUUACGUAAUUGAGACGUUUUACCCAGAAAUUCAGCAGAGCCACACAGACAGGGAGGCGCGAAAUGCUGCCUUCUUCAGAGAGCUGACGCGGCGCACAGCCCAACUAGUGGCACAGUGGCAGUGUGUGGGCUUCUGUCAUGGCGUCCUCAACACAGACAACAUGAGCGUCCUGGGACUGACUCUAGAUUAUGGCCCCUUUGGAUUCAUGGACAGGUUCGACCCAGACUAUGUGUGCAACGCUUCUGACAACAUGGGUCGCUACUCCUACCAAGCUCAGCCCGCGGUGUGCCGGUGGAACCUGGCAUGCCUGGCUGAGGCCCUCGGACCCGAGCUGCCGGAGGGCCAGGCACAGGCCGUCCUGGGCGAAUACCUGCCCCUCUACAACUCCUUCUACAUGGGAAACAUGCGGAGGAAGCUGGGCUUGCUGAGGAAGGAGGAGGCCGAGGACGAGCUGCUUGUCACAGAGCUGCUGCAGACGAUGCACAAUACUGGCGCUGACUUUACCAACACGUUCCGCUCCUUGAGCCAGGUUCCUUGUCCCAAGGAGGGAGAGGUAGAGGCUGAUGUUCUGGAGGCUGCAGUGAACCUCCUCCUGGAACAGUGCGCCUCCCUGGAGGAGCUCAAGGCAGCAAGCAAACCCACCAUGGACCAGCGUGAACUGUUGAUGAUCUUGUCUUUGGCCGAGUCCAACCCAGCCAUCUUCCAGCUGUUGGCUGGCAAGAAGAUGGUUACCAGGCAGCUGGAAAAGCUCGCAAAGCUGAAGGAGCUCAUGGAUACCAACCAGGAGGAUCUGAGAUCCAAGCAGAGGGAGGACUGGACUCGCUGGAUGAAACAGUACAGGAGGCGCCUUGCCCAGGAGUGCACUGGAUUGGGUGAUGUCCAUGCUGUGGAGGAGGAGAGGGUGCGGGUAAUGGACAGCACCAAUCCCCGGGUGGUGCUCAGAAACUACAUCGCCCAGAAUGCCAUCGAUGUGGCUGAAAGUGGUGACUUCUCAGAGGUCCAGCGGGUCCUCAAGGUUCUGGAGGAGCCUUUCGCUGCUCAGCUGGACUUGGAAAAGCCUGGCUUGGUGGGCCAGGGUGGGAUGAUGGAGCAGGGAGAGAGGGGUGAGGGUGGGGCAAGGGAGGAAGAUCAAGGGGCCACCUCCAGACCGUUUGUAUGCUAUGACAGCAGGCCUCCAACCUGGGCCAGUGAAAUCUCUGUUACCUGAUCGUCAUAGUGCCUCCCUGACAAACACAUCACUUGGCUGUGAAAACAGGGGAUGGUUUCUGGUUAAGAAUUAUCCCUAAGAACAAAUCUGAAAUCAGAUAAUCCAGUAGCCCCCAUUUUCACAGAUUCUUCAGGUGAAUUAAUGUCUAGGGAGGUAGUUUUUGGCAUAAGGGCUUCUGUUAACCAUUCCAAACUACAAAGAUGGAGAGGGAAAAGUGAAUGUAAGGCCACUAGGUAUGUUUCUUACCAAAGGUCAUGAGACACCCAUCUGGUUGCAGGAAAAUGCAUGGAAUAUGGUCCUUCCAGCUUCCAAGAAUUAAUACAAGUCUUCAAUAAUGCAUUUAAUGUGCAGUUUGGGCAGGAAGUAUGUUACUAAAUUCCAUUCAAGACAAGUUAUCUCCACUGACUUCUGGAACUGUAUGUGUGCAGGAAAAGCUGUACUAGCCAAACUACUUCUGUAUUUAUCAGCUAUGUACAUACAUAUGGUCUCACCAGAAGUGCUACUACGUUUCAUAUUUCUAACGUAAUAUCAGUAUGAAAAGCCUUUGGUGAGAUGUAGCCUGGCCUCAACCUCCCAUCUCCAUCAUUUUGUGUUGGUUUGGUUAGAAAUGAGGGCUCAGACACCAAGUCCUUUUGGGAUCUGUCUAGAGUCUGAGAACAGGAGUGCCCUUCUCCAGUUUCAGCUCGCACGCACGCACAUGCACGCACAUGCACGCACGCACAUGCACACACGCACAUGCACACACGCACACGCACAUGCACACACGCACGCACACACGCACAUGCACGCACGCACAUGCACACACGCACAUGCACGCACAUACACGCACAUGCACGCACGCACAUGCACGCACGCACAAGAGUGUCUAAUCAGGGACUGCAGUAGCUAAGAAGACAUACAUCCAGCAUUAUCCCUUUUUGGUGUUGAACCUUCUCAAAAUGAUUUUGGUUACAGUUACGUGAGCUCUGUCACUUUUCAGCAGAUAUUUUCAAAUCUUUGGUUUGGACUGCAUCGUGUUUUGUAAUCCAAUAGAAGCUAUAGGAUUUGUAGCACAAAUGUCUUAGGCAGUCAAAGCAAGAAAGAAAGUCGAUCUUUGUGGUGUUGUCAACUGUCAAAGUUUGUUAGCGAGGCCGUUUCAACACCUUUCCUGACAGAAUAUCGGUAACUUUUUGGGUAACGCUGGGGAAUACUAGGAAGUGAGUUUUACAUACACAGACGGUAGGCUUAAGUGAACCUGGCAUUUCUGUCUGAGUGUGUUGACAUAAAAGAAGCAUUAAGGCAGCGGUGUCCACAUUGUACACCAAUGAUACAGACUAAGAGCUGCCCUUCGACAGGCAGAAGGUAGGUAAUACCUGCUCUUAUAGGCAAACAGCAAACUCAAUCAUCAGCAACCCCCGGCACGAAUUUAAUCUGACUACGGUAAGAGCCGAAUAUCAGUAUUGUGGUUGAAACAUUUAAUUUCUUUGUGCAGAAUUGAGUCAGUGGCGUUACCCAUCCCAACUGUUGCAUAGGCUACGAUUUUGGUGAAUGGCUGGGAUUUUCGCCUGUUUUAAUCAGAAAUCCUGCACUUAGACCUGCUCAGAGACAUGCGGUGACAAUCACCGUGACAAUAUACUAAAAGUGAGCGAUGAUUCGUAUUAUCAAAAACUCAGACGUAAGCCUCCAGAGACUUCACUAAGCCAGAAAACUGCUCUGUAGUUCACCCUUCAGAAGAAAUGUGUUCGUUUUUAUACCUUAAUCGUUAGUUUCUUGUCUGCUAAUUUCCAUAUAUCCUAACUGUGAGGUUACUACCCGGUUGAACAACUUUAAACAUUUUCUUUGACUGCCUAAGACUUUUGCACAGUACUUGAGUGCAAUAGGAAAUUUUAAAGUUUUUCUUUUUUGGUGGGGGGGGGGGGUGUUUAUAAGCUGAGAAACCCAAAUAGAUUAAUUGGGUUUUGCCGAGUGAUUAGUGAUAGUGAGCUAUCUACAGUUGCUGACACUGUGAGCAAAAAUGCAAGCUGAGUCGCAUGUCCUCAAUGCUGGUUUUAAGUCAAACUUUUAUUACCGAUAUAUUCAAGUAAUUUUCCUUUCCAAAUUAUCUGCCAUAUCUAAAACAUUUUUGCAUUUAAUAAGAUGUAUAGAAUUUGGCCUUAAUGUAAUUUUGAUAUCAGAUCAUUUAUAUAACUUUUGCAGCAAUCUUCAUUAAAUGAUGACAUUCGAGGGUCUAGUUUUAUAAUUUUUAUGAAUGUUUCAGUGUAUCAAUUGCAGGAUGUGGUUGAAUAUUCUUUCAAAAUCGUGAAUAAAGCUCCUUUGUUAA